AUGAUCGUCUACUAUAACACAAUCAAAUACACGGGACUUUUGUCCAAUUUUCUCUACAUGCUGCUGGCCAUAGGCGUAAUGUCUGCAGCAGGUUUGGGACUGCAAAUAGUAGAACCCAAUACGCCGGAGCACACUUACUUUGUGGAGAGCCUUGUGCUGGGUGCAACCAUCUGCAUGAUUGUCAUAUUCGGAUGCUAUGGCAUGGUCUGCAAUUUGCUGAGCGUUAAUAUUAUUUUCACCUGCUUCAUUCUGAUCGUGCUGGCCGUGGAAUAUCUGCAGGUGCACAACUAUCAGCCUCAUAACCGAUACAAAGGCGCCUGGCAGCAGCUGGAGCUGUCACUGGCCUGGCAAGAUUUGGACAAACAGCCCGAGCUGAUGCAGAAAUAUGAGCAGCAACAACAUUGCUGCGGUUACAACAAUGCCGAGGAUUACAAGAACUUAAAUGUGUCCAUACCAUCAAGUUGUUAUCAGCAGCUGUUGGAUGCCGAUGGCAGCAGCAAUCUCAAGCUGAUCUCUCGUGGCUGCAAGGCGACUUUGAACAACAGUCGGAGUCAGAGCGGCAUUCAGCAUCGUGAUAAGCUGUUCAUGUGCUGCAUUGUUGGCCUUGAGAUCUUUAUACUGAUCCAAACCAUUGCACUGAGUCUGCUGCUCUACAAGCUACGCCAACGGGAGAGACAGGCACGCCAACAGGUGGCGCCAGGUGUGCGCCGGGAGCCGCGUGCCAAUCAUAUAGGCUCAAGGACCCAAUUGCUGGACAACGUGUGAAAGUGUUUGAAAGCAAGUCAACGUUAUAAAUAUAUGUAGUUUAUUGUAUGUCAAAUGCAUAGUAAAAUACUAAGUUUUAGUAGGUA